UUCCGUGAGAGGUCCUGUCACGCGUUAGGUGGGCCUAUGGGUGUGAGUGUAGCUUCUGGGAGGCUGCUGUGCAUGGAAAGCGUUCGCUGGGCAUUUCCCUGUGGGGCAUGGACUCCCAGCCGGGAUGAGUGGCUGCGCUGUGCUCGGUGCGUGCAGCCCGAGGAGAAGCUCCGCAUCGGGCAGUUUAUGUUCACCCGUGAUGCCAAAGCAGCCAUGGCCGGUCGUCUUUUGAUAAGAAAAUUAAUUGCAGAAAAUCUGCAAAUACCAUGGAACAAAAUACUGUUGCAAAGGACAACAAAGGGAAAACCUUUUUUAGCCAAGGGAAUUCCAGCUCAGCACAAGAACUUUAACUUCAAUGUUUCCCAUCAAGGAGACUUUGCUGUGCUUGCUGCAGAACCUGAGCUACAAGUUGGAAUAGACAUCAUGAAGACCGAUCUACCAGGUAGCGGCUCAACUGAAGAGUUUUUCCGAAUCAUGAACCGUCAGUUCACAGAGAAGGAAUGGAGCGCAAUAAAAACUAUGAGCUGCGAAUGGACCCGACUAGAUAUGUUCUACAGGCACUGGGCUCUGAAGGAAAGCUUUAUAAAAGCCAUUGGGGUCGGUCUUGGCUUCAACCUUCAGCGAAUUGAGUUCAAGGUGUCGCCUAUCAAUAUGGAAAUUGGAAAAAGCUAUAGGGAAACAAAGAUGUGGUUGGACGAUGAACAAGAAAACUGGUGCUUUGAGGAAGUUUUGUUGGAUAAUAAACACCAUGUGGCUGUUGCUUUAGGGCAAGUCGAUGAACCAAAAGAACAUAAUUCCAAGGGUGGAAAACCAAAAGAUACCUCAUUUAAAGUUUUUACUUUUGAAGAUCUGAUGGCAUCUGCUAUUCCAAUUUCACCUGAGGACCCUGAAUACUGGGUUAACUUUCAGUCGAAGCAAGAGGUCCCAUUUCGACAAAGAUCACAACAAAACUAAGAACUGUUGUGGGGAACCAACAUAUUGGACCCCCAUAACAUCCACGGUAGAAGCAAAGCAAGAAAUGGACACGGUUGCAAUAUUCGUUACUUUUAUUGCUAGAUGAUAAAUCACAACAAGUAGUGUUAUUUAAACAUAAAUUAACCGUAAUCUUGCAGUGAUCUGAUGAGACCACAUUCUUUCACAAGGGACUUUUAAGUAGCGUGAGUUUAAAACGCCAGUAUUACAAAUUUGGGAUUGCAGAAGUCUAGCCAUGCAGUAUAGCACAUGAUUUGUUCUAAAACCUUCUAACUUGUCUUGAUACAUCACGAGUUAAGUGUGUCCUCCACCCAAGAAUUUGAAUUAAGGAACACACAAAGGCAGGAGCACUUUAAAAACUAUUCAGCCCUUUUUAACAUAUAUUUAAUAUAAUGUGUGCAGUUCAUUAUGUAAGAGGAAAAAUGUGUGAACUUUAAAGGCAAUAUAGGAUCAAUUGUCAAAUUGCGUUAACAUAUGUUAAAAUAGUUUUGGUGCUGGGUUAAUUGAUGGAAAGUUGUCUGAAGACAAGUAUUUUUAUAAAUGUAUUUUAAUUUCUUUAAAUUAUUAUGUGAAGAUAUGUACAGUUAUUUGGUAUGAGCCAAUGUUGAAGAUAUGCAAUGAUAAACUGCAAAGGAGACAAGGACACUAAAGCAGUUGGCAGAGAAGAUAGGGGGACAUUGAGGGAGAACGUAAGUGACA